ACGGCGGGAGCGGAGGCAGCGCCGCGCACCGCCAUGGCCAAGGAGUGGGGCUACGCCGACCACAACGGUCCUGACCAUUGGCACGAACUUUACCCGAUUGCCAAGGGAGAGAACCAGUCGCCCAUUGAGCUGAACACUAAAGAGAUUAACCACGACCCUUCCCUGAAGCCAUGGACAGCAUCCUAUGACCCAGGUUCUGCCAAGACCAUCCUGAAUAAUGGGAAGACCUGCAGGGUUGUGUUUGAUGAUACUUACGACAGGUCAAUGCUGAGAGGUGGUCCUCUCACUGCGCCCUACCGGCUCCGCCAGUUCCACCUCCACUGGGGCUCCUCGGACGAUCACGGCUCGGAGCACAGCGUGGAUGGAGUCAAGUACGCGGCAGAGCUACACUUGGUUCACUGGAACAGCAAGUACGGCGACUUUGGAACAGCAGCGAAGCAGCCUGAUGGACUGGCUGUUGUAGGUGUUUUUUUGAAGGUUGGUGAUGCUAACCCAGCUCUCCAGAAAGUCCUUGACGCUCUGGAUUCUAUUAAAACAAAGGGUAAGAGUGCCGACUUCCCCAACUUCGAUCCUUCCAGCCUCCUUCCUAGCGCCUUGGACUACUGGACCUACCCCGGCUCACUGACCACCCCUCCUCUCCUCGAAAGCGUGACCUGGGUCGUGCUCAAAGAACCCGUCUCCGUUAGCAGUCAGCAGAUGUUGAAAUUCCGUGCCCUUAACUUCAACGCGGAGGGUGAGCCUGAACUCCCGAUGGUGGACAACUGGCGUCCGGCUCAGCCCCUGAAAAACAGAAAAGUCAGAGGUUUCCCCAGAUAAGGCGGCCCUGGGGCAGUGUCCAGGGGAGAGUCUUUGGGCCUCCCGUUAGCUUAGCACAAGUCCACCUUGGUGAACUGGGCCCUUGCUUCUUUGCGUCUGGUUUUCUAGACCCUUCAUCUCUCACCUGAUGUGCUUACUAUUAAAAUGUGAAAACCCACACCAAUUGUCAUGAUUGACAGAUUUGCUGUGACUGGUGCUUUGCUUAUGAUAGUAGCCUUUCUGUGACAGAGAAUAUAAGAACCUGAAUUUUGCUCACAGAAUGUGGGGUAAUGAGCACUCACAAUGGUUCACUAAAGUGCUAUUUUGAAAAUAUAAGAAGGCAGGAUGAUUGAGUGCAAGUCUAUAUAUGGGGAUAAAUUGAACUGUGUGAUAUAAAUCAGGUAAAGUAGUCUUGAUCCUAUGUAAUGUGAAUCAGAUAAAUGUUUGUGAUUCCAAGAUGGUAUAAUAAAGAAAAACUUUAAAUUCUUAAAUAUAUUUGUAGCAAUGGUAUCUUAAUUACACUAUGAUUUAGUGACUUUUGAACUAUAGAGAUAUAAAUGAAUUAUCUAUAAAAAUUGUUAUAGCUGUGAUACAGAGUAUAUUUCCAUUCAAAUAAUAUAACUUAAUAAAUAUUGUAUUUUAGAUACAUUCUCUAAUAAAAUCUGGAAUUCUG